AACCAGUGCUCACAUUUGAAAGGGCACAGAAAGCUUUACCUUGAAAGAAAGCAGAAGGGCUGUGCCGCCCUUCCAGCCGACACAGCAACAUUGACUCAACCAAUAAAGAGGGACUGAGGCGGGACUAUCUGUUAGAUCAAGCAAUGGGAGAUGGAGGGUGUAUUCGGAAAGUUGUUUGAAAACAGUUUAUUUUUGCAAUUCAGUUUGGUGGCGCCAAAUUGCAAAAACAAUUACUGUAUGUGGUGAUGUGGGCGUGGCCGAGCGACAUCUGUGGAGAGCGAGGCCGGGAGAGGAAGAACGGAGAAUCUAAUGAAAGAGGACGAAUCUGGAAGUCCCCACCAAAGGCCAAAAGUCAGAUCGCCCGUCUUUGUAUCCAUCUGUUGGAUCAUGUUACCCUGCAUCAUGUCAGAGACUCGACCAACCCUUGCACAAGCCGAGACACCCAGUAUUGCAGAGUCUCCAGAGGUGGAGUGCCCAGUCUGCUAUCAGGAGUACGACCAGGACUCCAAACUCCCGCGCAUGCUGGAGUGCCUUCACGUCUUCUGCACGGAGUGUCUCCGCAAAAUCCAGCUCACUCCGCUGCACCCUCCCGACCCCAACAGUGCCCCCUCAAUCUCCUGUCCCCUGUGCCGCCACUCUACCCCACUACAGGGUGGUGAUGCACACUAUCUCCCCUGCAACUCACGGAUUCUCGCCCAGCUCCCACCCGUAGCCUUCCGUCUGCCUGUGUCAGUGUCUGCCCGACUGGCCACGGUGACCCAACGGUUUGUGCUGUCCCUGGGGGAGAGGGACACCCGCUUUAUAAUCCUUCCCACAGUUAGUCUGAGGGUGGAGCAGAUGGGAGAUGGUACGGAAACGGUAAACCCUCCUGGAGUGCUGCAUCGAGAGAUGGAAGUUUUUAGGAGACAAAGAAAGACCCUGAUGUGUUUUCAGAUGCUGGCUGUCAUCUUCUGGAUUAUGUUUGUGCUGAUUUGUGUGGUCGGGGUUGUAUUUGGGCCAAGUCUCUUUCAUAACUAAGAGAUAAAAGACAUGGGUCUAUCCUCUAUAUGAAUGCAUACAUUUAUUUAUUCUGUUCCUGCAUCUUCCACAUGAGAAAAUGUUGUUCAUUUUAAGUAGACAAUUCAGAAAUACCUAUUUCAAUUUGUUUAAGCACAUUUUUGUUUAUUCUGUCAAACCAUAAUUGAGCAAUUAAGAGAAUCAACAUGUGGAUCAAUAGUGGCCCCAAAAAUUGUCUGGAAGCAAUAUGUGAACAUACUGUUUAAAAUUAAGACAAUAUAUAUUUGGACACUUUCUGGUUGAAACAUGUCUAUACUCAAGUCUCUCAGAAGAAACUGUACCUUUUAAGGUACAAGGGCCGUCACUGGGAUGGUACCCUCAAGGGAAUCUCUGUUGUUCAUUUUUUUUCUACUAUAAAGAAUACAGUUAUGUACCCCAAAACUCUAACUGGAGGUACAAAACAGGACCCCUUAAGGUACAGUUUAGUACUGUUUUUACUGUAUAAAUGUGAUGAACUAUGGCUGCUUUGCUAGGACCUGUGUAAACGUGAAGGAAUUGACUUCAUGCAUUCACUGAAAAUGACCUUGAGGCCACUAGGCCAGAAGUAAUAGGCUAAGAAAUGUGAAAGUAGUUCUGAGAAAAGCUCUAGAAUCAUUUGUUUGCAGAGACCAAUAUAUGUUGUUUUAAAUGUAAUUAAAUUAAUAAAUUUUUUAAGUGUGACUUAAGUGUACAAAUACUUUUUGGAGUCACUGCAUAUGAAUUAAUUUAAUUAUUAUAAUGUGGGUGUAUAUAAUCUUACAAAUAUCCUUGUCCUUGACUGUUUAUGCGAAUAUUUAUUGUCUACAUAUUUAAUAAAUAAAGGGCAACAUUAUCUUUA